AUGGCUUUUUCACAAUCUCUAACUCUCAUCUCUAAAUGCACCAUCUUCCCAGACCAAAAAUCGAUACACUCUGACGUCAAACUCUCCGUCUCUGAUCUUUCGAUGCUCUUCUGUCACUACAUUCAAAAGGGAGGUCUCUUCGCUCGCCCUCCGAUUCCAAUUGACUGUCUCUUCUCUCUCCUCCAAUGUGGUCUCUCCCAGACUUUCUCUCACUUCCCACCACUCACCGGAUGUCUUAACACUGACCCUUCCGAUUAUGUUUAUAUUACAUGUAAUGACGGCGGAGUUAACUUCAUUCACGCCAGUGCAAUUCACAUUAAUGUUCACAAAAGUUUGUCCCCAAUUGAUGUCCCUAACUAUGUCAAAGAGUUCUUCGUUUUUGAUAGAACAGUGAGUUACGACGGCUAUUUCAAACCUAUAUUGGCUGUGCAAGUGACUGAGCUCGCUAACAGCGUUUUCAUUGGCUGUUCACUCAAUCACGCCAUUAUUGAUGGCAUGUCGUUUUGGAGCUUUUUCAAUACUUUCACGAAGGUUUGUGGAACUGGUGCGAAGAAGAUUUUGAGGGUACCAGACUUCCGCCGUGAAUUGGUGUUGAUCUCGCCGACGUAUCUGAAAGUCCCUGAGUGUGGACCCAAGUCAUGGUGUGCUCUGCCGUGGCUAGCGGUGACAUGUUCUCGGAAACUACCAUCAUCCAAAAUGACGACCUUCAGAAUGGCGGUGAAUUGCUGUCACCGGCUUGAACCAAAGCUCGAUCCGUACUAUUUCGAAAACGCAAUUCAGAGCAUUUCGACGUAUGCAUCCGUCGGCGAUGUUUUGUCACGUGAUCUCCGAUGGUGCGUCGAGCAGUUGAACAAGAACGUGACGGCACACGUUAACGCUACGGUGAGGCGAUGCAUAGAUGAUUGAAGUGGGACCCAUGGUGAUUCCCGUUGGGAAACUUCGACGGGGCGAUGAUCACGAGGGGAAGUUCGCUGAGAUUUCCAAUGUACGACAAUAAUUUCGAGUGGGGUAGACCUGUAGCAGUUCGAAGCGGGCGGGCUAAUAAGUUUGACGGUAAGAUUUCAGUGUUUCCGGGGAGGGAAGGUGGUGGGACGUUGAUUUGGAGGUGGUCUUGGCACCCGA